AUGCAACAAGUCUCACCAGCCGUUGUUCAAAACCGUUAUCCACCGGUUUAUCAUCAAUAUCCAACAGUGGCUAUUGGAAGUCCUCAAUCAGCUAAACCAAUCGAUCCAACUGUAUUCGGACCAAGUGCUCCACCAGUGAAAAAUUCAAAAUCAAUUAAUAAUAAUAUUAAUAAUCACAACCAUAAUCAUAAUCAAUUACAUGAUAUUGAUUUACGACGAUUGAUUCUAUUCAAUUUACCAAUUGAUCUCAUUCAAGAAUAUCUCGAACUUUAUUUAGAGUAUCUAUCUGGUGAAACUGAAAUCGAAAGAAUUGACUAUUCAAAUCUUGAAGAUACAACUGUUAUGGUUACAUUUAAAACUGAUCUUGACAUGGCUGAAGUACGUCGUCGGCAUGGAACUCGAACGAAAUUAAAUGAUUCGGAAAUUUCACUAGCUGCAGUAACAUCACCAACAACUGUCAUGAUAAGAAAUCUGCCGGCGGAUAUAUCGCGUGAUGUUAUUGAAUUAUAUUUUUCAAAUCGACGUCGCAGUGAUGGCGGACUAGUUGUCGACGUUUCACUUGAUCAUGAACAUCAACAUGCACUAGUCACAUUUGCCGAUCAUAAAGAUGUGUGUCGAGUUGUAAAACGUGAACAUUUAAUACAUGGUCAACGUCUCGAUGUAAGAAUAUUCUAUGCUCAUAUGGGUAUUGAACCAUUUAUUGAUGCAUCGAAUGUUGGUAAAAAGCCUGAUCCAAUAUUUUAUCGCGCAUCAAGUGAUAUACGUUAUGCAUUUUUACUUAAAAAUCGUCCACUAUUGGAUGAACUGCGUGAACAAUUGAAACCACUUAAUGGCCAUAUUAGUCUGCAAACGGAAGGUGCCAUAGAAAUAAGUUUUACUGAAUCCCGUUUAACAGUCAAACUUCGUUUGAAAUGGACCAAAGAUAUUGAAAAGCUAGUUGAACAAUUUCUAAAUGAACGUCUUGUUGUACAUAAAGUACCAUGGAAUAAUAAUAAAAUCCCAUCGAUCACAUCCGAACAACUUGCUGACCUUUCAUUAAAAGAUAAUACACGUCUGAUGCAAUUAGCACCGUUGAAUAGUCAACAAGAUCAUAUUGUUGUAACCGCAUUAAGAGAUGAUUUAGAUCGUGCACUAAGCGAACUCACCGAUAUGCUUACGGCGCGUACAACAAGCGCAAAUCAUAUACCAUUGAACGAUGCUGUGUACCGUAGCAAACCGGUAAGUGCUACACGCGACCCAAAAGUAAAUAAUCAUCGCUCAUCGUUAUUGAUUCGAUCAUCGUCACCGUCGAAACAAAGUCUUAACAAUGCUGAAUUAGCUCCACCGCCAGCAUUUUCACAACCAUCUAUGGCUACUAUCGAUGAUAGUCUUGAGAAUUUACGUUUAUAUCAAAUGGACUUACUAUCAAAACGUUUCAUUGAUCUAUCACGACGUACGUAUGCGAAUUUAAAUAUUGAUAUUGAUCGAACAGGUCGACGUAUCAUUUUUCGGGGUCCACUUGAUCAAGUAAAUGUUUGUAAAAAUUAUUUCGAGUCAAUACUCAAUGGCAUUACUCAUAAACAUUUUAAAUUAGGGAAAGAAAUGGCGGUUUUUCUAUCGAAUCCUGACACAGUUGAAAUAGUUGUCGAAAAUCUAGCACGCGCCGAUCAUGUAUGUGCUUAUGAAAUCGAACGUGUUACUGAUCAUCAUCAUCGACGAAAUUCAACAUCUCCAGUAUCGAGCUCGAAUAAUCGUGGUUCACCAACAACGAGUAGUCAUCAUAAACUAGUUAUAUAUGGUUUGUCACGCGAAAAUUGUGAUCGUGCACAUGAUUUUCUUCGUCAUGACAUCUGUGUUAGCUCGAUAAUGUUAGAUAAAGAUGAUAAACGUUGUUUAGCAAGUGAUUCUUGGCAUGCAUAUGUACGCGAUCUUUACUCCAAUCCAGGUGGUUUUCGCCGACGGCGUGUUCUAUUGCAAGUCAAACAAAAUCAAUUAACAUUAGUUGGUUUUGAUCAAGAUGUUGAUUCGAUGCGAAAACAAAUUUAUAAUUAUUUUGUUGAAAAUGCUAUUUCAUUCUAUGAAUCAGAUUGA